GUGGUGUUCGGGGGGGCUCGGGGCACCAGCCGAACUGCCUCCCAGAGCUGCCUCUCAGUCAACUGCGCGUCUCUCACUGUAUCGGCCACACUCCCACCAACGUCGCCUCUUUCUGAAACGCGCGAUUUCGCGACUCAACAUCACAAAAAAGCCAUCAUGGUUCACGAACCUUUCUCACCAUUAUUUUCAUGUAUCUUCAUCAGCCGCAGCAAUCUAUUACAAUGUGAAGAUGUUCGUUACUAUAAAACCACAAACUAGACAGUUUCUACUCGGACAUAAAUUGAAAAUCAGUCUUUAAACAGCUGGUUGAAGAGUUAAAAUUUGUUGUGAUUGCAUUCUCACAAGGAAUACUAUUGUAUUUAAGUCUUUUCAUUGUAUCUGCGAGAGAAGUAACUGAUCUCUUGUACAUAAUUAGGUGUGAACAAUGAAACUUUGAAAAAUGAAAUUCGCACAGUAAUCGAUUAAAAUAAAUGUGAUACAACUCAAAAGUUCUGAAGGGAUAUUUGUACUGCUUCAAUGGUGAUUCUUCGAACUCGAACCAAAGAAGUAACUCAAUCCUGGGAAAUUUAAAAAAAUGAACUAUUGGAAUUCUUCCAUUUUUGAGAUUUCCAACUUUUCUGCUUGUGGAGUAUGGAGUAAGCGUCUCGCAGCAUUGUUGAUGUAACAAGUCGAUAAUACUCGACUUGCUGUUAUCAAACAACUUGAAGUUAUUCUACACAAAACUCACUGAAACUCUUGACGUGUUUGUUAAGAAGAUGAGAUCUCAAGUCUCUGAUCAAAUCCAUAAUGAAAUAACAAUGUACAGGUUAUCAAACAACAAAGAAUAGAAAUGAACCGGCAACAACUCAAGAUUGCUGUGACGAAAUGCAUACAAAGUUUGUUCUUGAUGAGUUUGUUUCGUACGUGAAGUUAUAUAAGCUUUGAAGAGAAAUAUGGAGACUCAACAAAAUGAAACUGAUUCUAUGGAAUUGAACGCUACAAGUGAGACAGUGAUCCCUUUAGAAGAUCGCCCUGAGACUUAUGUUGUACCGGUAAUAUUCGCUCUGAUAUUUUUAGUCGGUGUUGUUGGGAAUGGAACUCUGGUUUUUAUAUUUGCACGUCAUCGAAAUAUGCGUAACGUACCAAAUACCUAUAUACUAUCCUUAGCAUUGGGUGACCUUCUGGUCAUUCUCAGUUGUGUACCCUUCACAUCAACUGUAUACACCUUCGAAUCUUGGCCCUAUGGAGAGCUCAUCUGCAAACUUUCAGAGACGUCAAAAGACAUAUCAAUAGGAGUAUCAGUAUUCACUCUCACAGCGCUCAGUGCUGACCGAUUCUUCGCAAUAGUUGAUCCCAUGGGCAAUUUUUCAAUUGGUGGAAGAGGAGCUACUCGUUGCACUAUUAUGAUAGCAUGUGGAAUAUGGCUGCUAGCUGCAUUAUGCGCCGUGCCUGCUGCAAUAACAUCCUACAUACGAGAUUUUACUGACAACAAUAAAGUAUUGUUUCAUGUAUGUUACCCAUAUCCUGUGGAAUGGGGCCCCAUGUAUCCGAAAACUGUAGUGCUUAUCAAGUUCCUCUUCUACUACGCCAUACCGCUUGUGAUUAUCGCAUUCUUCUACUCGCUUAUGGCGAGGCAUCUGAUUUUGAGCACAAGGAAUAUACCAGGCGAAAUGCAAUGUCAAGUGAGACAAGUGCGAGCGAGAAAGAAAGUUGCUAAAACAGUACUCACUUUUGUGGUUGUAUUUGCAGUCUGUUUCUUUCCACAUCACAUGUUCAUGCUCUGGUUCUACUACUAUCCGGAUGCUCAAAGUAGUUACAACAGCUUCUGGAACUACUUGAGGAUUGUUGGGUUUUGUCUAAGUUUCAUCAACUCGUGCAUAAACCCGAUAGCGUUGUACUGCGUGUCGGGAACGUUUAGGAAGCAUUUCGAUCGCUACUUGUUCUGCUGUUGGCGAAGGCCGGGCUCGAGGCGCAGUCGGUCGCAGCGCAGGACGGUGACCCGGCGAGGGUGGGACUCGACCACGACUGCCCCCGGCCACCAGAGCACUAUGCGAAGGCAUGCCGACCCCACUGAGAUCACCCUCACCACAUUCAUGAACGGCGCUGAUAAAAAUGCCAUCAUAUGACAGCAAAGUACCGAGCUUGAGCUGUGAGACUGUCAGUGCAGAAGGUUCUCCUAAAUGAAUUUAGGACCUUUCCACCAACUUUUCAAGUGGCAUUGGUUUAUUAGACCUAUACACUUGUUGAUUUAUUAUGCAAACGCGAUGACUCAUGUUGUUUACAAGUGAUUAUGGUAUGUUUUGACUUUUGACGUGACAAAAUAAUGAAGACUUGUGAAAGACCUAUAUGAAACCUUGUGAAGAAAGUGAUCUCUUGAAAAUCUCAUUUCAAUAGAAUAUUAUCAAGUUUUUUUGUAAAUAUCAAAUCACCAAAGUAUGUAUAUAUUGUUAAUGUAUCCAUUCUCAUCAUCAUUUUCCAGGAUAAUGUUGUGAAUUAGCUGCAACUAGUCAAUAGUUUAUUGAUACAUAUGCAUUACAAUUUACCAAUUAUAUUGAAUUGAAUGAACAGUAUUGUAUUAUGCACAAUUGUAUUAUGCAUAAGUAUUAUGCACAGUACAAGUUCACUAUCUUGAUACUCUUCACUUGAUGAUUUGGUGAGAAUCAUAGAAUAUUUAAAAUCAUGUUUAUUUGUCCUUUCUGAUAGAUCAUGAAUGUUGUGAUUGUCAUUGGAAGAUCAGAAAUAUUUUGAUCUUUUUUUUAAUUCCUGUAAAUACUUUAAUGCUCAUACUGAAAUUAUUGAUAUUAUAUUUCAUCAUCGUGUAAAUUGUAUGUAAAUUAUUGUAAGAUAAAAUUGAAUAUUCACGCACCAGAUAUCAAAAUUAGCAUAUUUGAAAAAUUAUUAUAAUUAAAAUGAUUAACUACUGAUUACAAACAAGCUUUGAUGCUUGAACUGGGUUUGAAAAGAAUAAAUUUGGAAUAGAGUUUAACCAGUGUGAGAAAAUUCAUAUUAAAUAUCUUUGUGAAUAUAGAAUGGAUUGAUAUCAUAUAUAAAAAUGAAAUUUGAUUCAUGUGAUUGGAAUAAAAUUUAAUUGGAAGUGUAUGAACAUUCAA